AUGACAGAGGAACUAAGCGCUAAGCCACCAGCUCGUCUUGUCGUCUACCCGACCUCCAUACAAGUGGCCGGUGCAAAUGGUAUGCAAUUGAAGCUGUCAAACGGCACGUGCUGUGUCAGAGAUUCAAUUCCUAUUUUUACCCCACACGUCUGCUUGUCCAUCGUGCGUGAAUUCACCCGCAGUCGCGUGUGCAUGCAUGUAUGCGUGUGUGUGAAUACAGUCAGUUGGGCACGAGCAGUUGGCGAGGCUGUUCUGAAUGUCUAA